AUGGAGCUGCCCCCGGCACAGUUCCCAUCCCGCCGUGCCGCCGCCGUGGCCGUGGCGUUCCUGCGGUACCGGCGGGGCGGCCCCGCGCGGGCGCUGCGGCUGCGGGAGCUGCGCCGGGCGCGCACCGAGGACAUCAAGGAUGUUGGGCACAAGUACUACCUGGAACUGGAGCUGGAAGAUGUCCUGGACAAAGACAGUACUGUUAACUGCACUGCUGAGGUUCUGUAUCAUCUGGGCAACAAAAACAUUGCUCCAGAUGUGCAGUUCACACUUGAAGGAGAACUAAAGAGCACAGAGGAAGCAGAUCACGUGUUCUACACUCGAAUAAGGAGCCUGGAAAAAGAGCUUGUGGCAGAGAACAUUCCAGACAGCCAUGGCCACGUGCCCCCAGAGCUGGAGCCCCUCCACCUGCUCGCCUGGGUCGCCUCGGGGUACCUGGUGUGGCAGAAUUCCACGGAAAACACCCAGCUCCAGCUGGCCCAAAUCAAACAUGUGAAGCAGGUGAGGAGAAGUGAUGAAUAUCUGCAGUUUGACUACGUGGUUCUACUGCACGAAAUGGUGUCCCAGGUAAAUACUGGAUUUCUAAAAAGCCUUUUUUGUUGUUGUUUGAAGCCUGGCAGCUCUGCAGCCUCCAGCUCAGGCACACAGAUGGUGGGGUGGACACAGAGGGUGAGGGGGAGGUCAGGGCCACCUUCUCUGUCCAUCCCAGCAUUCCAGGACACAACAGCAGCAAUUUCCAGCUGUUUCUGGGCUUUCUUGGGAAUGGCUGGGGUUCAAAACACUGGUGGCUUCACAGCUAUUUCCUCCUGGGAGAUCCCAGUGCCAAACUGGCUGGGGAUCAAGGGAAGAAGCAGCAUCCUGGAGUGCUCAGCAGAAUUCCAGGGGGCUGGGAAUGCUCCCAUGCCAGAGGGCAGCACUGGUGCCCAGCACAGAGACCUCACCAUCCCAGUUAUCCCAGCACAAACUGGUUCCCAGCAGAGUAUUCACACUUGGAGCCAUUCCCCAUCAUAAUUCUGUGAUCUGAGCAAGUGUUUUCAUAAGGAAAACACUGAAAAUGUGAGAGAGAAGUUCCUGAUUGUGCAACCUCCUGGAAAAACCACCCAGGGAUCUCCCUCCCAGCUCCAGCUCCGCUGCUUCCAACCCCUGCACUCUCAAGUUUUAAAUUAACAGAAUUCUAUGGACUCUCUCAGUUCUUCUGUGUGUUUGGAGAAGAUAGACUGUGAGUUAAGAGUAACUCCUAAGGUGAUGCUCAGCUUUAAAUUUAAGCCAAGGUCAGCUUUAAAUUCAAAUUUAAACCAAGGUCAGCAUUAAAUUCCAGCCAAGUUCACUCGGGGCACCUACAGUGGGUUUGGUUCCUGAGUUUUCCAUGAGGAGAAAUUCCUGACUAACCAAGAGAAUGGAAGCCCAGCUUGUUCCCUGUUGUC